AAAAAGGGAAGUGGUGACAUGGAAGAAAAAAAUAAAAAAAAUAAAAUAAAAUAAAAAAAGUUCAUGUCAGUAUUUUAUGUGAUCGUAGUUUACUGCAACCAACUUAGUAAAUAAUUCUGAAAAGUCACAAAUCAAGUAAUACAAAUCUGAAAAUGUACCUAAAUUAUUUUACAUGAAAAAUAAAUUUGAAUUUAUGUGUAUCUAUAAGAAAUUUGCAUUUAAUCACAAUCUGAAACCUUUAAAAUGUUCAUUUCUGUGGAUGAUUUUGUUUUGUCGUAUGUAAAAUCCGCGUGGAUUUGAAAUGCGAGCGUCUUGUUAUGAAAUUUGGGGAGGGGAAAUCCUUCCGAGCCUUGAAGAUUGAGGAAGGAAAAACGCAACCUGCGUGCAAUAUUUCUACGAAACAUGGGGAUCCGUGUGGCAGAAGGACGCCUGGAUCCCCGUGACGUUGGCCACCCACACAGUUGCAAACCAACAAACAUAAUCUGCACCAUCAUCACCACUCCCCUCCUUCUCCACUAUUGCUCACAGUUCUCCUACCGCAUACCCACCCGCUGCUUUUUUCAUCACUCUCCCUCUAUCCUCCCGUUGUCCACCCGCUGUCCUGCUGUCUUCCUGUUGUCUUCCCGUUGUUCUCUCUUUGUCCACUCGCUGUCCUCCCGUCGUCCUCUCGCCGACGAAUUCACGUGCACCCCGGCACUCCUCCACCAUCGCCACUUUCUCAGUGCGCACAAUUUGCAUGUCCACCGCCUGUGGUGGCGCCCCCACCGCAAGCAGUGGCGGGGAGACCCUCGCAGGAAGCGGAGCUGUCGCUGCGGCCGCGCGGGGCGUUGCGCCGCUGCAUUAGCCGGAAUCCCGCCACUCGGAUUGAAUCGACCUCGCGCGGUGCGCGCGCGCGCGAGGGGGCUUCCGUCGCGCGCCCGCGGGGGCGGGGGGCGGGGAGGGGCGCGCCGCGCUACAAAGCCCCGGCAGCGCUCGCUCGCGUGCACAUUUGCGCUUGCCAGCGAUCGGCAUUCGGACGCUCUGCCCCGCACGAGCGCGCCCCGCAGCGGCCCACCGGAGCGCACAGCGGCGCAGCCACCACGCACGCCAGCCACCGCCUCACGGAGCGCGCUUCCAAAGUUGUAACGAGCGCCGCUGAACCAAGUUCGCCGCAGGGAACGCGGAGAAGAGUCGGGCCGGUGUAUCGGAGAAAUCUUAAUAGAAACCACGAGUAGUUUCGAAGAGCAACAUCGAUUCGAUUAGGGAGUCGAUCGCCGAGGAGUUGUUGGCUGAUUCCGAAAGUUUCCAGCAGAUCCGGAGAUAAGCGUCGGAGCGCAUUGAUUGAAGACGCCUUCGCCGCUGGCAAACAGAGCCGUUCCAUCUGCCGCUUCCGAAAGGAAAUCGCCGAAUCGCGUUCAGCCAAAUCGGCGCGGCGCGCAGGUUCGCGAGGAGUCGGCUCCGUCGCUAUCUUAUCAGGCGCCAGCCACCAGGACGUCGAUCGCGAGGGGCCGUACGGUCGAGAAGGCGCACGGCGGCGGUGACGACGACAACGGCAGCGGCAGAGGGCGGCGACAAGGCGGCGCUGCGUGCUCGCGGUCAUGGUGCUGGCGGCGAUCCCCACGCUGCAGGUGACGCUGGGCGUCGCCAUAUUUGUCUUCCACGUGCGCAGGUACUCCACUGCCCGUCCACCCGUCAGCCUACCGGCGUUCCUUUCUGCUGGAAAGAGCUCACGGCGUUCUCGUACGGAGUGAAAUAGUGAUGCAGCAGAUUUCGUUUCGCAAUUGAUCUCGUCUAUUUAUUAUGAAAUUAAAGUGGAAUUUUGCUGUAAACACAUAAUUGUUCAUCCUCUUUUAGUUCACUCUGUAUAUAGGGUUGUUUGGAGUAACUCCAGGUGUUCUGUUCGUGAGUGUGUUAUGAUCCACGAUGACUGUUUUUGGUUUCUCUUUUUUGUCUCGCUGUAAAUUACAAUUACAAGUUGGCGAAAUUCUUCUUCAGAAUCGUGAUUGCAAGAGUUAAUUGCAAUCGGUGUAAUAAAAGAAACCUUUAUGUGCAAUACAAAAUAACAUAAUUCUAUUUAUAUCUACCUGUGGUGAAAUGGAGAAAUGAAAACUUUAAUGAUACUCCGUCGAACUCCACUACCGACAUCGCCAAUACAAGCUUGUGGAACCGUGUCUUGUGAUUAAUGUAACAAUUCAACCUCCCAGGAACGCUUACUGUCGAGGAAGUGUACAAAGAUCGCGACCAAUUCGCCGCUUUGGUGCGGGAGGUGGCAGCGCCCGACGUUGGACGUAUGGGGAUUGAGAUCCUGUCGUUCACGAUCAAGGACGUGUACGACGAGGUGCAGUACCUGGCGUCGCUGGGCAAGGCGCAGACGGCGGCGGUGAAGCGCGACGCGGACAUCGGCGUAGCUCAGGCCAACCGCGACGCAGGCAUCAGGGAAGCGGAAUGCGAGAAAACCGCCAUGGAUGUGAAGUACACAACCGACACGAAAAUCGAAGAUAAUGCUCGAAUGUUCAAAUUGCAGAAAGCGAACUUCGACAGAGAAGUGAAUACUGCCAAGGCGGAGGCGCAGCUGGCGUACGAGCUGCAGGCGGCCAAGAUCCGGCAGAAGAUCCGCAACGAAGAGAUCCAGAUCGAGGUGGUGGAGCGGCGCAAGCAGAUCGAAGUGGAGUCGCAGGAGGUGGAGCGCAAGGAGCGCGAGCUCAACGCCACCGUGCGCCUGCCGGCGGAGGCUGAGAGCUACAAGGUGCAGGCCAUCGCCGAGGGCAAGCGAACCCAGACUGUGGAGGUUGCUCGAGCAGAAGCAGAACGCAUCAAAAAAAUAGGAUCUGCAGAAGCAUAUGCAAUUGAAGGUGUUGGGAAAGCUGAAGCUGAACGUAUGCGUAUGAAAGCAGCAGUUUACAAACAAUACGGGGAGGCUGCUAUCAUGUCUCUGGUUUUGGAAGCACUACCAAAGAUUGCUGCUGAAGUUUCUGCUCCCUUAGCAAAGACCGAAGAGAUUGUACUGCUAGGUGGAGAGGAUCGAGGAACUGCUGAAGUGACUCGAUUGGUUAGCCAGGUGCCUCCUGCUGUCCAGGCCCUCACUGGCGUUGACCUUUCUAAGGUGGUAGUAGGCUACGUAAUUCCAUACAUCAUUGCAAGAUCAGUUCUCUUCAAUGCUAGUGAUUUGCACAUAACUGCUAUUACUUGUAUUGCAAUUUCUAAAAUUCAGAUAUUUCUUUUUAAUGAUUCUUUCAACACCAAAAUGACUCAUAAUAAUGCUUUGUCUGCAAAGAAUUUCGUUAUAAAUCUUUUUGGAUUUUCACUUGUCAUAAAUAAUCUGUAA